AUGUAUAAGAACCCUUAUAUCAUCCUCAUUGAUGAAUGUGGAUUCAUUUCACCAAUUUCCGACCAACAUCAGCGGACACUGACCACCACAACGUACGGAAUCCCGCUGAUGCAUCUUACAAAAUCAGCAGCAGUGCAACAGAGCAUCGACAAGUUGAACGAUGAGGCCAAGUGCUUUUAUUAUGUCCUCGACCGCAUCAUCAGUGGAAAGCAGCGCAAAGACACCGGAGUGAACUAUGAGUGGUAUAUGAAGGUGAAUAGGAUUUACGACGAGGGCAAACCCACCUGUCUUGGUGAGUGCGCAGACGACUGCUCCGGUGUUGAAACCUACCUCGUGAGUGCACACGUAAGUUCACGAGAUGACGAGGAGCCACAAAUCCUCAAACUUCAUCGCACCCCCCUCUGA